UAUUUUGAUUCCAGUCAGGCACAGGUAUGGAGAAGAAGAGCUUAUCGAACAAGGAGGUUGCUCCAGAUGUGGAGUCGCCGAGACCAGUUAAAUAUUUAUUGCCGACACAAAAUCUUGGCAUUCUGGGAAAUUUGGUGGUCGCUGUGCUAAAUUUUUUGAGUUUUGCACUGGAUUUCUUUCGGCGGGGUGAUCCAUCCCUUGCAGAGAGGAGGCUCGCACUCCAUAAGGAAAUUAAGGCUGAUAUAAUUUCAAAAACUAAAGGCUCAAUCACACUACGGGGUAGACGAGAAAAGAGAAUUAUCCAGAAAGAAAUUGACACUUUAAAUAUCGACACGAUGCAUGAAGUUUUCUCGUUGCCGAUAACUAAGAAUGGAUCCAAACCCUGCUUAGGAACGAGGCAAUUAUUAAGUGAGGAAGAACAAAUUCAGCCAGAUGGAAAAUCUGUUAAAAAAGCAGUUUUCGGUGAAUACAGUUGGCUCACCUAUGCAGAAGUAGACCACAUUGCGACGUCAUUUUGCUUGGGGUUGACAACUUUAGGGUUGGCGCCACGCGGGAAAAUUUGCAUAUUUGCCGAAACAAGGGCCGAAUGGCUUAUCGCGGCUGUAGCUGCGUUUAAAAAUUCGUGCCAAGUUGUUACAUUGUACGCCACGUUAGGCGAGGAGGGCGUAAUCCACGCCUUGAAUGAGACGGAAUGUCCCAUUGUCCUUACAUCGGACGAAGUGUUACCUAAAUUCAAAUCAAUUUUGGAACAGACGCCUCACAUUAAGCACCUCAUCUUUAUGGAGCAUCCAACCAAAGUGUCGGACACAUCGGGUUUCAGUAACAAAGUGGGGAUCCAUAAGUUUAAAGAUGUCGUUGAAAUCGGGAAGAAUCUCAGUGGUCCAGAGUUGCAGCCUCCUUUACCGGAUGACGUUGCUAUUAUCAUGUACACUUCCGGUUCUACAGGGGCACCCAAGGGAGUGUUACUCUCGCAUAGAAAUAUUGUUUCUUCAGUAUAUGGAAUAGCGGAUGGUUUGGGUGAUACUACUGAUGAUGAUUUAUACCUCGCCUAUCUCCCGCUAGCCCACGUGUUUGAGUUGGUUGCCGAAUCUCUCAAUUUCUUAUGCUGUGUCCCGAUUGGCUACUCCUCACCGCUCACGUUGACCGACAAGUCGCCCAAAAUUAUGGAGGGCAAUUCCGGCGAUGCCAGAAUCCUCAAGCCCACUAUCAUGGCUGCCGUGCCCCUCGUGCUGGACAGGAUUUACAAAAUGGUUUUAGAUCAAGUCAAUGGAUCGGGUAAAAUUAAGCAGGCCGUUUUCUACUGGGCGUACGACUACAAGUUGAAGUGGUACUACAGGGGCUUCUCCUGCCCCAAAGUGGACGCCUUGAUUAUGAAGAAAACGAGGGAAAUUUUGGGGGGCCGGAUCAAAUUUUUGGGGUGCGGAGGGGCCCCACUAUCCCGUGAAACGCAAGAAUUUACAAAAAAUUGUCUCUGUAUUCCCCACCUUGGACCCGGAUAUGGACUAACGGAAACAUGCGGAGGGGCUGUCAGUACGAUGUUCGAUGACAUGUCCAUGGGUCGGAUUGGCUCCCCCGCCCAGUUCUGCGACGUCCGCUUAAUCGAUUGGGACGAAGGCAACCAUUCCGUUCAAGAUAAGCCCUUCCCAAGGGGAGAAAUCUGUGUGGGUGGUCCCAUUGUGGCGCUCGGUUACCUGAAACAGAAUGGACCAAAUAAGGACGAUUUUUUCGAGGAGGAUGGCACUAGAUGGUUUCGAACCGGGGAUAUCGGACAAGUCGAGGGGGACGGGAGUUUCCGGUUAAUUGAUAGAAAGAAGGACUUUGUUAAGUUAUCAAUGGGCGAGUACCUAAGUCUCGGAAGGGUGGAGUCCAUCCUAAAAACGUGUCCUUAUAUUGAUAACAUUUGCAUUGUUGGAGAUUCCUCAAAAAACUUUUGUGUCGCGUUGAUAGUUCCGAACGAAAAAAUGAUGACCGAGGUUGCGUUAUGUCUUAACAAAUCGAACAUUACUUGGGAGCAGAUGUGUUCUGAUGCGCAAAUUGAAGCGUUCUACCUUCAGGAAGUUCAGAGUUUUUGCAAAACCGCGAAACUACAAAGAUUUGAAAUCCCUGCAGCGGUUAAAAUCUGUUCGGAAAUUUGGACUCCAAUCAAUGCCAUGAUUACGACAACGUUUAAAAUCAGGAGGCGACCAGUGCAAGAGAAGUAUCAGGCGGAUAUUGAUCAGAUGUAUGCACGAGCUGCAUAACAUACUAUUGUUAGAAAUCUAAUAGAAUAAUGUUCAGGUAUGUAUGGAAUUCAUGGAAUAAUUAUUUCUCAAUAUUCUCCUUGUGGAAAUUUUAGAAAUUUGUACAGAGAAUAAAAUGUAAGCAAAUUGCUACUGGACGGUGUCUAUAUAAGACCUCACCGGUUCGGUAGCGAUUUACUACAGAAUUGUAGUAAAUUUGCUACCAUCUUGAGCAUUUCCUUAUCCCGCUGUUACGGUUGGUCAAAAUAUGGUAGCAAAUAUACUGCAAUUCAGUAGCAAAUCGCUACCAAACCGGUGAGGUCAUAUAUACCCACCGUUCAGUAGCAAUUUGCUUACAUUUUAUUCUCCGUGUAUUUGACUUAGCUACAGAUUUAAUUUUAUGCUAUCAUGUCGUACCAAUUCUGGACAAUUAAUUUUAAUGAAUAAUAAAUUAAAUAAUCAA